CUGGAGUUCACUAAGUUGUGAGUUGGGUUUAGGUUUAAGUGUUUUUGUCGUUAGGACACUGCACGAGCCAGAAUGUUUGCUGUUCGUUUAAACAGUUGGAACAGAAGAUGAGCAAACAGCGUGGCCUUAUAUGUAAUGUUUACUCAUAGGGAUUUCCUUAAUAUUCUUAGACCUGCAAGUGGAGGAAUUAAUAUAACAAGGUACAUCCAUAACAAGUUGUUGGUUGUUACGUUGAUUUUCGUGGCAGGGAGGGAGGUAUUGAAAUUUUCAUAUUGCAGAGAUCCAUCAAGCUUGUGUUGCUUUGGGUCUGUGGAUUGCGUAAAAGAAUGCCCGUUUCUCCCUGUAAAUAGGUGCAGUGUGACCUAGCUAUCUGCAGCACAAACACGGGGCGGGGAAUUCCCUCUUACCCUAAGAGAACUGAGGUUGGAUUUGAUACUGUGUCCCUCAUGUAAAUCUAAAUCAGGUGCCAGUGGGUUGUUGCUCUGCUGCCACCACAGUGUGCUUGCUUGUGUUGGUGGCAUUUCUUUCAGUCCUGAGCCCAAAUAGCAUGUGGCCUGGCUGAAGGAGGGAUGUAACACAAGCAAAACAAUCAGAAUACCACAUACCCAUCUUAUUAGUUAUCUGGUUUUAAGCACUGAACUGGAAAGAGUGUUGCACACUUACUUGCUUUGUCUGCUGUGAUGCUUUUUGUGUAUUAGUGAUGUUCCUUAAAGUUCCUCCUUGGCUCCAGCAUCUUUUGGGGAUGGGCAGGAGCAUCUCCAAGAACCCUGUCAACUAGUGAUGUCUACAUCAAAAGAAAGCAAUACUUGUAAGUGAUCUGGAAACCAUGAGCUAGCAUACGUAUCCUUCUAACUACCUGAACUGAAUUCCCAUCCACCUUAUUUUCCCUUUUUCCCAUUCCUCCCAGCUUUCUUCCCGUAACAAGUAUACCUGCCUGAAGAGUAGAAGGCACCUUUUAUCAGUUCAUGAUGUAUUUUUAAAUCUCCUUAUUUUAACAAAAAGUUAAUGGAUCUUAUCAAUAAAAUGCAAAUAAACCCUAGACACGGUAGUAUGUAAUGCUAAUCUCUUUAUUAAAUGGGAAAUAUUUUGCUACCUAAAGAGUUUCUGGUUAGUAUGUAUCAGCUCUGCAAUUGUGUCACUUUUUGAUCACACAGAUGCUGCUGCUUUUGAAAUCAGUUGGCUUCAGAAGCAGCCUGCUCUAGUUACUGAAGUGGGAUACGUCAUCAAGUAAAACUUGUGUUUGUUUUCUGAACCUGUCUGGAACAUUGCUGAUAAAAAUUUCUGUCCUGACAAGUCAGACACUCUAUUAAAAGGAAUACCGGUUAUUUUUAAAAAGCCAUUGUUUUCCUUGGAUUUUUGUUUCAGAUGCCUUCUGUUCCUCAUCUGACACUGGCCUUCUUGGAUACUUUUGGUGUGUAGAGAAGGGAUAAUUCUCUAAUUCCAGGUUCAUCUUCUGGUCCAGCUUUUCAUGUACAGUAAAACUCCCAAGUUUGGCUUGAGCAACAAGUUUGAUACAGAAUUUCCUUCUGUUCUGACAGGGAAGGUUGCCCCAGAAGAAUUCAAGACCAGCAUCAGCCGGGUGAACGCCUGUUUAAGAAAGAACCUCCCUGUCAAUGUCAAGUGGCUGCUCUGUGGCUGCCUGUGCUGCUGCUGCACCCUGGGCUGCAGCCUCUGGCCCGUCGUCUGUCUUAACAAAAGAACUAGAAGAUCAAUUCAGAAGUUACUAGAAUGGGAAAAUAACAGACUAUAUCAUAAGCUUGGUUUGCACUGGAAGCUGAGUAAAAGGAAAUGCGAAACUAGCAAUAUGAUGGAAUAUGUAAUAUUAAUAGAGUUCUUACCAAAAUAUCCCAUAUUUCGACCCGACUGAGGAAGAGCGUUUGGUCUUUCAUGUUACCUGUCAUUUUCUACCCUUAGUGCCUUGUAGAUGAUUUUGGAAAGAAGAUGGUCUACUUUGCUGUGACUUAAAAACGUUCUUCAGUAGAAUAUCUUCCUUGCUAUGUUACUUUCUUUUGUUAAGAAGAGAACAAUUUGCACAUUUUUUUAUGUUAAACGAGGCUUCUAUGUUGCACUCUGAAUUUUUAACGUUGACAAUAACUGAUAUAGUUGCCACUAGGGAUCUAACAUCAGUGCUGCUUCAACUUGUUCUGAGCAUGCUGCCUUAUUCAGUUCGAUAUUUGCUGUCCUCAAACCUGCAUCCUGAUGUUGUGUCACACUAUAUUUCAUUCUAAAUGUUGCAAUCCUAUAAUCCCUCAGUAUAAACGUCCAGGUAAGCGUCUAGUAGUAAUGAUUUUUUAGUAGAAGUUGCCUGCAUAGGACUUGCAAUCAACAGCACUGGUUUUGUCCUGCACUUUGCAAAAUCAUCAUUUACAUGAGGGGGUUAAUUAUUUUACCCACCACGGAUUUGUAAAUAUUGACUCUUUGCAUAACGUAAAGUGUGGUAUGCCAAGGUUUACAGAAUGUACUAUAGCUCUUAUCCUAUUGCCAACGCCCCCACAGCCUUUUGUUCAUGACAUUUGCGAGGCUCCUUCCGCUUGUACAGCCCCGUUCCCAGCCUGGGUUAUGGUGAAGCCAUAAGGAGUUUGUACAUACUAUGGGAUGUGUAGGGCUCAGUUGCACUUUGUUUAGUAAAUGGAUGAAAAAUGCAUAGCAUUUCUGGGUUCGUUUUGGGUUUGUUUUUUUUUUUUUAAAAAAAAUAGUAUUUCAGGUAUUGUUUGUGUCGCCUGAAAUAGGAAGCUUAAAAACUGUUCACCUUUGAAAAAGUUAUGUUUGUGGGGCAGCUGCUAUUAGCAAAAUAUCCUAAAGCCUCUUUUGCAGUUAGGAAUGUUGUGGGUGUUGAGUUUUCUUUUGGUUUUAAGUAAAGAAAAAAAAAAAAUGUUUUUGAAUUUGAGACUUUCUACUAAGGAGAAAAAUUUGAAAGGGCCAAAUCGAAGCUGAGGUAACAGCUUUGUGUUGAUCCUGCUGCAACAUCUUCACAGCGAGGUGCCACAGCAUCCUUCCUAGGGGAAAUAAAAUUCAUCUAAAUCAGAAUAGUGUUUCAAAAUAUGCUGGUGGGAGGAAGUGGAUGAGUUGAAAGGGUCCACACACGUGUUCUGGUGUCGAGGCACAGUCUGAAGAGCCACACGUGCCCUUGUGGAAUUCGUGGGCGUUUUUGGAUUCUUCCCUGUUUGCCUGAUCUCAGGAAGCGACGUAAUUGUAGAAAAACUUCCUGUAAUGGCUGGCCUAAGAGAGACCACUGGGUAGGAGUAAGCAAAUGAAAAUUGAUGCAAGUUCCCUCCCUUUCCCCACUAGAAAUAAGAAAUUGGAGAAAAACCAGCAGAUGAGUGAGUAUCUGUGAGUUGUGAGACCAUAGGAAGUGUCCAGGCAUUUCUUCACAGCAACUUGACUCCUUGUGACAUCAUCCCCAGUUGCUUUUUGAGUUUCAGGGUGACUUGGGAUUUCCUCUGAAUGUAUUUAUAUCUUCUCAGUAUGCAAUAUUGUAUUAAAGGACAGGAUUUGUGAGACCAUUGCAUUCUACUAACCGUAGUGGGCCAGAUUUCUUGUAUGUGGUGUUUACAGAAGGCCGGUUUUAUGCAAGUUGUUAAUUCAAAUCCAGUUUUGUGCUGUUGUUACUGUCCAACUGAGGAGUGUCAGGCUCCAGCACUUGCAGUAAUUUCUAAUCACAGACCUGUGCUUCAGACGCUGGAAUAUUCUUAGUGCAGAGGUCUCUCUUGAGGGGUCGAUGGGUGACAACUGUGUCAUUGCAUUAGUGAAUAAAAAACUCCUGUGUUGUUGGAAUUUAACGUGAGCUACACCUCGCAACUCGGAUUUCUGUUGCAGAACCAAGCAAAGGCUCCUCUCCCAAUUUACAUUCUUUAGGAUGCAUUCUUUAGGAUGCACUUUAGGAUGAGUGUUAACUGGAAGCAGGGAAAAUACUUAAUGGCAGAAAAAUGCGGUGUAAACCAAAACUGAAAAAACACACCCAAUUCUAUGUAUUUUCCUUACAACUAAGUUUCUGGAGUCAAUGAAGGGAGAUGAGCUUAAUUAAAGGAACAAUGGAAGUUUCUUACUGUCAUGCCAGAACUUUGCUAGUCAUUUUCUUUUCUUUUUUUUUUGGUGUGUGUGUAAGAAACCCAAGAAAUCUCAGCGGGUUCUUAUUUUCUUCUUCGUGUGACUCUGUUUUCAAACUGUUCUUUUCCAACUGAGAGAACAGGCAAGACAAAUGAGAGCUCUAGGAGCUGCCGGCGGUGAACGCUGAGCGCUCUUCAGUCUCGCUGCUAUCAGGAAUCCUCCUCAGCCUGGGCUGACCUCAUGGCAGGCAGGUCAGAGUUUCCCCGGUGUGUCUCGUGCCCAGGAAGUGCUGUGCCAUCCCCAGAGAGCACCCUGAGCUCCGGGAGCCCCCGGUCCCUCAGGGCUGCAAUGUGACCUCAGAGCCAAGGCAGAAGGAGACCACCCUCACCCCCUGUCCCUUCCCCGGGGCCUGCAGCAGAUUCUCUGCCCCUGGGUCCCUCCUGGGCACCGCCAGGGACUUUAAGCACAGAAUAUUAAAGUUUACAUUUUAAGUAUGUAAAUUCUAUACAUUUUACUUUUCUCUGUAAUUGUUAGUUGUACUUAGUCUUCAAACCAUGAAAGAGUCUCUUUUUGUGUUUUAAUAGACGUUUAAACAUGUGGCCAUAAAGCAACUAGUAAAGAGUACAAGAGCCAAACCUGCCAUUUACAGUAAGCUCCAUGUUUUAAUAAGUAGAUAAAUUUGCAUUAAAAUGCAAAACCAGGACGCAGUAUUAUAUUUGCAUCUGAAAGACACGGGUCCCACAGCUCACUUGAAAUCCGGCAGCUGUAAGUACUGCUGUGAACUCUCUGCACUCUCUUCUGCCUACGGGCUCUUUUUGGCCUGGGCUAUCUUUUGCUUUAAUAGUAAACCAUUCAGCAGGUCAUUAUAUCUCACAAGACUGAAAAAAAAUCUCAUUUUUUGAUAAUAAAUAGUCAGCAUCAAUUGGUAAACCUAUUUAUGGAGGAUACUUGUUAGUUGGAGAAAGAAUUUGUGGCAAUGUAAGAGAGAUUAAUGUUAGCAAAGUGCAGUGGAAGUGGUGUAGAAGGUGCCUGGAGGGGUUCAUCAGAAGAGGAGACGUUGUGGGGUGUAAGGAGAAGAGGGAACUGGGAGCUAUCAGCAGUGGGAGUUUGCAGCAGAUUUUUAGGAGCAGUUACUGUCUACCAAAUUCAAUUUUUCAUAUAAACAUGUUGACGCUCUUUCUGGUUUUUACCUGGGAAAUAUUUGUGUUUGUAUCUGGUAAGUUUUGUAUCUAAAGAGUAUUGAAGUCUGAAGAAUAUUGGCAGAGCAUCAAAGCUCUUCUCUGCCAAUUCCCCACCUGCAUCUGGGAAGGUGUCUUGCUGUAGGAGGGGAAAAAAAAAAAAAGCAUUCCAAGACCUGCAGAGGCAAGUGGAGGAAGUGUGGGUGCAGCUGGAGAUGGGGGACUUAAAAACAGAAAACAUUUUUGAUCAAUUUGGUGUGGUCUUGAUAAAUUACAGAAGUUCUUACACUUUCCUCGAUAGGUACAAAACUCCAUGUGCAAAACCAGAUGUUUAGUAUCGUCCCACGAUGAGAGUUCACUACAUUUACUUGUCAACACACUACCAUGGGAGCAAUAAAAAUGUCAGAAAUGUAAAUAAUUUCUCAUUUGAGGAAGUAAUGCUGUGUGAUUCUUCUGCCAUUUUUUUUGUUUUCUGCUUUUGGUGUUCCAUUUCUUGUACUGCUUAAGAAAAGUGGUUUUGUUUAAGUUGUAUGAAACUUUGUUCUUAAAACUUUUAUUCUGUUUACAAGUGAACAGCCACUUUUUUAAUAGGACCUCACACCUUGAGAGUUUUCUCCAUUUUUUUUUUUUUUUUUUUUUUUAAUUAAAGUUCUAACUGAGCUCGCUUUCUACAAUUUACUGCACUGGCUUGUGCCGUUAAAAGGAGCUGGAAGUCAGACGUGCUUAAUCACUUUGAGACAUUUUUUUCUUGAAUUAAAUUUAAAGAUGAAAACCUUUGAA